AAUUAUAAUGGUGAGAACUCCAUGCUUUGAUCAAAAUGGAAAGAAGAAAGGCUCAUGGAGUGAGGAAGAAGACAAUAUGUUGAAAGCUUACAUCCAAAAAUAUGGCAUCUGGAAUUGGCGCGAGAUUCCCAAAUAUGCUGGUUUAGCUAGAUGCGGAAAGAGUUGUAGAUUGCGAUGGCUUAACUAUCUAUGUCCAAGUGUUAAGCGAGGGAACUAUACCAAACAAGAGGAGGACAUAAUCAUCGAACUGCACCAAAAACAUGGAAAUAAAUGGUCUAUCAUAGCUAAAGAGUUGCCUGGAAGAACAGAUAAUGAGGUAAAGAAUUACUGGCAUUCACACAUCAAGAAGAAACGUUUAACAAAACAAAACCAUGUUUACAAAAGUCGGGCGAGAACAUCUCGAUUGAAAGAUGUUCAACAUGUUAAACCUUCCUUCGGAUAUGAAAAUUCUUUUGAUCAUCUACCCAUCUUAGAUACUUCUGAUCAACCUACAAUCAACGAGCCAACUUUCUCAGUGAUUUCGCCCUCCAGUUCGGAAUUGAUUUACCCUAACCCUGAAAUAUGUGCAUUUUCGGAGACACUAUUUUUGGAUUUUUCGGAGGAGUCUAUUUGGUCAGAACUCUUGAACUUUGAUACCUUGCCCGUCGUCGCAUGUCACAACGAUUACUCCAAGUUCAGUUACUCUGCUGAUGAUGGUAUCAUCAAUGGCUUGUGGGGAUUUUAGUUUGAUAAAUUUUCCAUAAAUUAUUUAUCGAACUUUUCACUAAAACUUCCAAAAUAAAUGUUGGCUUGGAUAUAUCUAAUAUAAAUGAGAAUAUAUACCAUAUAUAUACUACAUAGAAUAGAUUAUAGAUUCUUAGCA